UUGUCUGGACUUUCAGGGUGUGGCCACUUUUCCUUUUAUAACUCGUCUUGGGAUCUUUUGCGCCACCGCACCAAACUAUCUUCCACCAUGUUUCUGCUUGCAGGACUUGUUGGCUGCCUGCUCGCGCUCACAGCUGAGGCCAGAGUCGGGAACUGCUCUGACCUCUCAUUCAUGACCGAGACAAAUCAAUGUAUGCUGUUCGAGGUCAUGUGCAAGACUGAUAAAUAUGAGGUGCGUCAUUACGAAGCUGCCAAGUGGGUGUCAACCAGAGUGUCCUCAUGGUCCAUGGAUAUUGCCUGUAUGAAGGGCUUUAUGCGGCUCUAUCGCUACAUCGGUGGUGAAAAUAGGAAUGGACAAAAGAUUGAAAUGACGUCACCAGUUCUAAUCAAGAUAGGCAUGAAGAAGUGGUUUUGGGAAGAAAAGGAAUUCAUAAUUAGCUUCUUGCUGCCUAUGGAGCACCAGGCCUAUCCUCCAAUGCCAACCGAUUCCGAGGUGUUCUUCUACGAUAUGCCGGCUGUAAACGUGUACGUUCGGAGUUAUGGCGGGUGGAUGAACUCGUUGAGCGACUGUCAUCACAGCGAGGGCCUGAUGUACGACCUGAUGAAGGUCGGCGCUCGCUUCAAAGACGACUGCCACUACGGCGCCGGAUAUAACAGCCCCAUGACAAUGUGGGAGAGGCACAAUGAGGUGUGGGUGAUCACCGAGGACGAACCAGUUUGUGGGAGCAGCGAGGAAAUGGACUGAUGCUUUAACGUCGGCGCACGUUGUCGCUUUCAGACCCAUAUGUGAGACUGGGUCUGCAUUUCAAAUAAUAAAAAAAGAAUAGGAAUAAUCUUCUUUUCACAUAGAGGUAUCAAUAAAGUUACGAGUUUGCAAUUGA